AUGGCAGCUGUGCUCGGAAUGAAGUUAGGCUUGCGUGAAGCCAAGGCGUUAGAUUGUGAAAAUUCUGAAAUCAUUUAUUGGACCGAUAGUAUGGAUGUUUUGUACUGGCUACGAGGUCAAUCACGCCGCUAUAAGCCAUUUGUAGCUCAUCGUGUUGCGAGUAUUCAUUUGGAGACCGCUGUGUCGCAGUGGAAACAUGUUCCGGGGGAGGUGAAGCCUGCCGACUUGGCAACCCGUGGUCAGACCGUGGAAGAGCUCAUCGUACCAAACUGCUGGACGGAUGGACCGCAGUUUCUGUACGGGGGGAGUGUGACGUGGCCAGUGGAAGGAAAGGAGGAGCCAAGAGGAGCAUUAGAAGAGAUUCGGAAGUCUGCUACAGACAUCGCGUCUACCCAAGUCCAAGAUGAACCAGACGCAAAGGCACCAGUGUUUAGACUAGAUAGAUACUCGUCCUGGACUAGAAUCUUGAGGAUGACAGCUUGGUUACUGAGAUGGAGACGAAUCAUCGAUAGACCGGAUGAAAAGAGACCUAUGACUCUGCUCCCUGAUGAGAUCAAGAAAGCAGAGAGCUAUUGGAUUAGAGUGAUGCAGUCCGCGCCAUCCCUGGAGUCUGCGACCAAGCAAUUAUGA